CAGGCUGCAGCUGAAGUAUCACUUUCCACACAGAAGUGGAGGGACACGAACUUAAGUGCAGACAUGAGUCAAGCCUUGGAAAUUGAUCACUGUGAUCUUAACAUUAAGAGCAACACCAGCAGCCAUCAUACAGACCUGUGUGGAGAGGAGCGUUUAAUUGUAAGAAGGGGACAGCCCUUCACUAUCAUUUUACAUCUGAAACCUGGCAGCAAAGAGUUCACACCGGGUGAAACAAGCUUCACACUAAUUGUUGAAACUGGUCCGUUACCCAGAAAAGAAUCUGACACCAAAGUUUCUUUUGGUCUGCGUGACUCCACAGUGGACAGUGAGUGGAGCGCAUCUGUCUCUAAUGAUCCCUCCGGAAACACAGUGUCUAUAUCUAUCAAUUCCUCACCCAACGCCCCCACAGGGGUCUAUUCUCUGACUCUGGACCAGGACGGGCAGAAGGCCAGUUUAGGACAGUUCACCCUGCUUUUUAAUGCUUGGUGCUCCAGUGAUGCUGUUUACAUGCGCAGUGAGACGAAGAGGCAGGAAUAUGUUUUAGCACAAUAUGGACAGAUCUACAGAGGAACACAUAAACGAAUCAAAGGGAAACCCUGGAACUUUGGACAGUUUGAACCAGGAAUACUGGAUAUCUGUCUCAAGCUCCUGGAUGAAAAUCCAAAAUUUAUCUCUGACGCUAACGAGGACUGCUCUGCCAGGAGAAAUCCCAUCUAUGUGACCAGGGUGAUAAGUGCUAUGAUCAACAGUAAUGACGACAGAGGUGUGCUGGUGGGAAAUUGGGGAGAGAUUACUGAUGGGGUUCAUCCAGGAACGUGGAUCGGCAGCGGGGACAUUCUGCAUCAGUGGGCAGAAAGUGGCCCUGUUUGCUAUGGCCAGUGUUGGGUCUUUGCUGCCCUUGCAUGCACAGUGUCCCGUGCCCUGGGUAUCCCAUGUCGGGUGGUUACUAACUUUGGAUCGGCUCACGAUACUAAUGCCAACCUGAUGAUAGAAAACCUGUAUGAUGAAGACGGCAAAAGAAUGUCUCAUGAUGAUUCAAUAUGGAACUUCCACGUUUGGGUGGACAGCUGGAUGACCCGUCCUGAUUUGGGAUCAGAGUUUGAUGGGUGGCAAACCAAUGACCCCACCCCACAGGAGAAAAGUGAAGGUGUUUUCUGUUGUGGACCAUCCUCUCUGACGGCCAUCAGGGAAGGAGAACUGACCAAGAAGUAUGAUGCCCCCUUUAUUUUUGCUGAGGUUAAUGCAGAUGUUGUGGACUUGGUGCGCCUGUCAAAUGGAGAGACUGUCCAGUUCAGUGGAUCAACUAAAUCUGUUGGACGCUUCAUCAGCACCAAAGCUGUGGGCUCAGAUGACAGACACGACAUCACACACCAGUACAAGUAUCCCGAAGGCUCAAAGGAGGAGAGGCAGGUGUAUGAGAAGGCCCAACACCGCAACAAGCUACAGCAGAGAGGAGUAGAGCCGGGGCUGCAUAUCAAGAUCAAACUAGCUGAAAACAUGAUUGUGGGAUCAGACUUUGAGGUACACGCUGUCCUCACUAACAACUGCCUGGAAGCAAAGAUAUGCACCUUCCUGUUCUUCGCCACAGCUAGUGGAUACAACGGAAGACAAGGAGAGAGCUGUGGUUAUACAUCAGACAAAGUGGAGGUGCCCUCUGGAGGAGAAAGACAUAUGUCCCUAAAACUGGAGUAUGCCCGUUAUGGAUCAGUGAUCAGCCCUGACAGGUUGAUCCAGCUGUCAGCCAUCACUAUCGACAAGCAGAUAACACAUUACCAUAAGGCUGAGAAGACCAUUGUGCUGGACGAGCCAGAGACAGAGGUCAAGCUGGUGGGAGAAGCCACGUUGAACCAGUUUGUGACGGCAGAGCUGACCAUGUUGAACCCUUUGCCAGAGCCGCUGCAGGACUGCAGCUUCACUGUAGAGGGGGUCGGCCUCACUGACGGCAAACCCAUAACAGCAAGGAUUGGAACUGUGGGCCCGUCACAGGAAGCCAAGGCCAGCGUUGAGUUCAGUCCCAACAGGGCCGGCUCCAGUGUGCUGCUGGUGAACUUUGAUAGUGACAAACUGAAAAACAUCAGUAGCUUCAUCAAUGUUGUUGUGAAGGAAUGAACAGGUGCCAAAGUCUAACAAGAGUAACUGCUGCUUUUAUUUGGUUGAUGAAUUGGACUACACUAGGUGAUGUUACAGGGCUAUGUAUUUUUAACACAAUGAUCCACGUCGUAAGUUACAAUAUCAUUAUAAGCUGCUGUGAAAUAAGAUACUGAGAAAUGAAUUUACUUUAAUGAUUAAUGAUACAGUAUUCACUUUGAUGUAGUCACAUUUAAAUGUAACAAUA